CACAAUCUGCGCAAGUGAAUCAGUUUGCACAGCUGUUGAGUCCGCUCAUCCGGGGCCCGAAAUGUCUCCGCUUCUAUUACUACAUGAAUGGAAGCGAUAUUGGAAAUCUUGAUGUGUUACUUUGGCCUCGAGAACAGCAACACAGUUACUUGAUGUGGCGAAGGUCCGGUAAACAGGCUCAUCAAUGGAUGAAGGCUAGUGUCGAUGUUGGCUACACUGGCGAGUUCCAGUUUUCCUUCCAAGCAACAAUUGGCAGAAACUAUGCUGGGGGUAUAGCUUUAGAUGACGUCACAUUAAGUAGUGGACUUUGUGAACACGAAAGUGAACCCCAGAACAAUCGACAAGGAAAUUGCAACUUUGACAGCAACUUUUGCUUCUGGAGGAAUGAUUUAAAUUUUAAUUUCACAUGGACUCAACGAAGAUAUAAUACUCCAAGCUCGGGGACUGGACCAAGCGCCGAUCAUACAUCAGGAACUGGUAUGUACAUUUAUCUUGAAACCUCUAGUCCACGACAGCUAGGAGACACUGCGCGACUUGAAAGUCCUUGGAUGCAGGGACCGCAAUGUAUGACGUUCUUCUACCACAUGUAUGGCGCCACCAUGAGCUGUGUUGUUGUAUACAUAAAAUUCCAGGCUACAAACAGGUUAAAACCUGUUUGGUUGAGGUGUCGAGAUCAAGGAAACCAUUGGAUACAAGGAAAGAUAAGCAUCAACGAGACUUCAAGUUAUCAAAUAAGUGUUGACGGAAUUAGAGGUAGCAGUGAUAAGGGGGAUGCAGCACUGGACGACCUUUCGUUUGAAAGAGGAACUUGUAAUCAAACAGAAGAGACGAUAUACUACGUGUACUCUUACAAUGGCAAAGACUUUCGAAUUUUCACUCAACCCUCCGAACACAGUCUGUACUUCGAAGAAUUCCGAUUCACUCUCGGGCAUCCACGAGGAAAUCCGAACGAGACAGCAUACUUUAUCUACUCUGAAGCUUCAAGCGGUGAAAGUUUUGUCACAUCACAGUUGGAUCCUUCUAGCUAUGACAGAUUUCCAUUAGAUGUUGUCCUCCUAAAUAAGGAGAGAGUGGGAAGUAAUUCCAGGAGAGUUUAUUUGAUCGACAGGAGUAAUUAUGGACCAAUGAUUAGCCUCUAUGAUCACGGAAAUGUGAUUUGUUGCAAAGCAAAACAAACUUUCUCUUUUUAUGCUCACAGUGUCACUGAAGGUAAGGAAAAAGUUUCUAUAUUUUUUGAAGCAGGUUCCAAAAGGAAAAUUGAAUGACUGGACGGUUAUUCAAUGGAUAUCAAAAAUCGAGACAAGACUCUACUUUUAUUAUGAAAAGUUAUUUCAGCGUCCAGGAUGCUUCAAAACUGGAGUUCAGAGUGUUUAUCUCGCAUGUUCAAAAAUGUUGUUCCUAGAAAGAAGGGUUCUGUCCCAAACCUUAAAGGAUAAUCUUUGAUCUCUGAUUGGGGAUCAUGUCACGCUAUGUUUCUGCCGAGUUGUCGUGAAAACCAUUGGUAAACAAUGUAAGUGACACGUGGCUACCUCCUCUUUAGGUUGGCUAGUCAAUUAUUGAGUUCUAAAACGUUUUUAGAAAGAAUCAACAUUAAAUGUGUGUUUCGGGUCUGGCAGCGUGAUUAUUAUUUUUUGGGCGGCGAGGUGUGAAGCCCUCCACAGUUCCCCGUUUUUCCUUUCCUUUCUGCUCCUUACAUUUCUUAUUACAUGUUUUGUUUCUCACUCAAUGACCUUUGAAGCGAACAGACCUGCUUUACCUGAUGCCUUUCUUUUUUACAUUUUGUGUUUCAUACAACAUAUGAUGUCACGCAUGUCAUACGUGUAUGCCAUCCAUGGAACACAUGGAUGUCACGCACGUGUCAUUUUCAUAUAGCGUGUAAUAGAUGUUGGUCUGGUCAUGCUGAAUGGUCCUCUGAAUGGUCGGGGAUAAAUUUUACAAGAUAAAUCUGACGACUAAAAAGUAGCCCUUACUACUUGUUGCAUAUUUUGUCUGUUGUAGAGUUUUCGGGACAGGCUCUCGGAGUUUUGCGUGAAGUGUGGUAUCAGGUAAAUAACCUUCAAAGCGGAGUAGCAACUAUUCGCGAACAGCCCGUUUUCAAGACUCCACCUCACAGCCAGAUGAUUUUGCGGGAUUUCGAUGCACCAGUCGACGUAGCAGACUAUUACGUUCAACGAUUAACAAGCUACAUACAGGUAAACGUUCGAUUUACCAUUAAAACGCGCUUCAAAAAAAGUGGUAAUGGAGAAGCAGUUUCUUUGUAUUUCUGUCGGGCAACUGGCUAUGCCUUAACCUUUUGAAUACUAACAUUAUUGUUGGGAGUUAGGAUGCUACUGCUACUAUACCAGCAACUGCCAAGUGAUUUUUAAUUAGUACCGUUUGCCAUAAGAAUGGCACGUUCUUCCCCGACAUGACGAGCUUUGACCCGCAAAAAAAAAUAUGCAAAUUAGGCUGAGUGUGGAUUCCCGCCCGCAUCUCGCAGAAUUUAUGCCAAGAUUUCGCUUUGAAUGGAACUUACUGAAAGCAAAAAGCAGCGAUUUCAAAACGAAGCGAUAAGUUUCAUAUUUAGUCCCGCUUUCCAGUGUAUAACCGCGUAACAGCGAACUAUUAAAUGUCCAAAUUAAGGCCGCCUUGCCACUACUGUUUUAAUAAACUCGACGGGUUUUUAGCCUGCGAACAGGCUCCCGGUGAGCCCGAACGAUUCGAUUGUCCGAUCAUUGUCAAAGAGUCACGGUGCGCUAAUAAUUUCGAACCGUGGUAUGGAUUAUUUAGCAUUGUGUUAGAACUGAGAAAAUAAUCAGCCGGCAAACAACUCAUAAUGUUCUGUCGACAGAUACGCGAAGGCUUAAUUGACAACUCUUUACACUCCGCAGAUCAGGAGGCGGAUCAUUUUCUUGCAUCCCGCUGAGAAUUUUUUUCGCGGUCAAAGCUCCUCAUGAAGAGUUAUGAAAAUAACGCCUACGGAGUGGUAUUACAACAAAACUUUGGUUGAGUAUUCGCAGCAAUCAACACAUAUGUGUUUCUGUUCCUUG